AGACUUCUUGCCAUUCCUUCUCCUUUAUAUACCAGAGAAUCUAACGCCACACUUCGCUCGACCUGCUCUCAUUGUCUUCUUGGCAGGGAUAUAUGAGGGAGGUGAUCAGUUCCUUCAGGAGGCUUGGAAGUGUUCGGAGCUACGCGAAGCAUCUGCGUAUUGAUGGAGUUAGAGAUACGAUUGCUGUCGCCUCUGGUAAAGGUGGGGUGGGCAAGACUACUACUUCAGUGAAUUUAGCUGUUGCGCUCGCAAGUAAGUGCAAUCUCAAGGUUGGUUUGCUCGAUGCCGACGUAUAUGGUCCAAAUGUUCCCCCCAUGAUGAACAUUCAUGAAAAACCAGAAGUGACCCCAGAAAAGAAAAUGAUUCCAGUUGAAAACUAUGGGAUAAAGUGUAUGUCAAUGGGUUUCCUUGUGGAGAAAGAUGCGCCAAUUGUAUGGAGAGGUCCCAUGGUAGCAAGUGCGCUUAAAAAAAUGACACGUGGAGUUGACUGGGGAAGCCUUGAUAUUCUUGUGGUGGAUAUGCCUCCUGGAACCGGUGAUACCCAGAUAACAAUCUCACAGAAUCUACAAUUAUCUGGUGCAGUGAUUGUUUCAACUCCUCAAGAUGUUGCAUUAAUGGAUGCUAGGAGAGGAGUGAAUAUGUUUAAUAAAGUUCAUGUUCCUAUUCUGGGAAUUGUUGAGAACAUGAGCUGCUUUAAGUGUCCGCAUUGUGGUGAACCUUCAUACAUAUUUGGGAAAGGAGGGGCUCGUAUGACAGCAGCUGACAUGGGAUUAGAAUUAUUGGGUGAGAUACCGCUAGAAGUGCAGAUUAGAGAAGCUUGUGAUGAGGGGGACCCCAUAGUGCUGUCCGCCCCUGAUUCUGCGGCAUCUGAAGCUUAUGGUGAUGUUGCUCGAAAACUUGUUCAGAAACUCAAGGAACAACCAGCCAAACCUGAAAUUGUACCAUGAGGUGCUGGGCGCUCGCCUUGCAUGUUAUGAGUUUGCUGUUUAGAUUUUAUUGGAGGGAUAUUGAGGGAUAUGGACUAGAGUUGUCAAAACGGGCCAGCUUUUUAAACCUUUUUAAGUAAAGCGUCGGGUUUGUAUUUUAAGAGGUUGAAAAGGAAAUUGGGUUUAGAAGGGUUAGCUCUUUAGGGUUCAGAAAUAAAAAGAUCAGUCUUUUUAAAUCCA